AUGCCUAAAGGUGGUAAACCUAAACCGUCUUGGGAAUACUUGAAUCUUUUUACCAAAAACAAAAGAUGUGUAACAGAAAUUAAUAAUCAAGAUGAAUUAUGUUGCCCCCGUGCUAUUUUAGUUGGAUUAUCGUACAAGACUGCUGAUAUUUUGGGACAUAAAUUUACCGAUAGCCAAAUAAAAGACCUACGGAAUGGCAGAAAUAAUAUACAAACACGUUUGACAAAGCAAUUACGUCAAAAAUUAAAAAUAUUUGAUAACCGACCGUUUACCUACCGCGAUAUAGAAAAUGUCGAAAAAUUGUUGAACAUUCAAGUGAAAGUCGUGAAUGUGGAUAAUUUUUGUGAAAUCGACCACUCGGGAAAUGAAAAUAGAAUUAAGAUUUAUCUAUUGAAAAAAAAUGAUCAUUUUCAUACUAUUUAUUCCAUGCCUUCGUUUAAGGAACGUGUAUACUACUGCGAAUUAUGUGAUACGGGGUAUAAUAAUAAUAAAAAUAAACACGUGUGUAAAAAAGGACCAGGGCUAAAGUGUAAGCUGUGUAACGAAAAAUAUCAUAUCCAUGACUUCAGAAAAGAAAAAAAAUUUUUUCAAGAGUGCAACCGUUACUGUGUCGAUGUCGAAUGUUUAAGAAAACAUAGAAAUGUUUGCGAUAAGGAGUAUAAAUGCAGUGGAUGUAAUUUAAUCGUACAAAGAAAUGACCACACACAUAAUAGCGUUUGCGGAUAUGGAAAAUGCCAUAAUUGCAAACAAGAAAACAUCAAAUUGUGUCUACAUGAAUGUUUUAUGCAACGAAAAAUAGGAAAAGGAGGAUAUUGUGUGGAAGCCUGCGUUUGUAACAACAAAUCAUCAGAAAAACGGAAAGACUGUACGUUCACAACGAAUUAUAUAUUUUUCGAUUACGAAGCCCAACAAAACACAGGAACACACAUACCAAAUAUGGUAAUUGCGCACAAUUUUGAAGGUACAAAAUAUGUGUUUUCGACAGAUGACGUGGCCACGGCUAAUGAUAAAUUUUGCAAAUGGGCACUAAGUAAAGAUAUGAAAGGAACAACAUACAUAGCACACAAUUCAAAAUCAUACGAUACAUAUUUUAUAAUACAAUACAUUUUAAAAUACAUGCCAACAGUCAAAUACGAAAUAAUUCGUAACGGGACAAAAGUUAUGAUGCUCGAAAUAAAAGAAGGGGGCUUGAACAUAAAAUUCAUCGAUAGCCUUAAUUUUAUACAGUCUAAACUAUCUGACUUCCCAAAAACGUCUGGACUUACAGAAGCGAAAAAAGGAUACUUUCCACAUUUUUUCAAUACUCCAGAAAAUCAAUGUUAUAUAGGACCUUUACCAAACAAAUCUUAUUACGGCUAUAAUACUAUGACAACGAAACAAAGAACAGCUUUUAUAAAUUGGCAUGAUGAAAUGACAAAUAACAAUUAUACAUUUAAUUUCAAAAAAGAGUUGGAAGAAUAUUGUAAUUCGGACGUUGACAUUUUACGAAGAGGAUGUUUAGAACUCAGAAAACAAUUUUUAGACGUGUGCAAUAUUGACCCCUUUAAAUACAUAACCAUUGCGAGUGUAUGUAUGGCAAUUUAUCGGCAGAGUGACUUGUCAAAUUCCACUAUAGCAGUCGUUCAAAAUGUGAAAAAAAAAAAAUUUUCAGACAAAUCAAUCAAGUGGUUGAAAAGCAAAAUAUUAAAUGGAAAUAAAAAUAUAAAGCAUGCAUUAAACGGCGGAGAAGCUGUCAUAUGCGGUGCUAAAGUCGACGGUUAUGAUGUGUCGGAAAAAAAAGUAUAUCAGUAUCAUGGAUGUUUCUGGCAUGGCUGUCCGGAUUGCUUCAACCCUAAUGAUACAAACCCCGUUAAUAAACACUCCAUGACCGAUUUAUACAACAACACAAUUAGACGGACAACUCAAUUGAAAGAAAAUGGGUACCAAGUUGAAGAAAUAUGGAGUUGUAAAUGGAGAAAGCAUGCCGAUUAUAAACAAAUGAUGCAAUAUCCAGAUGAUGUGAUUGAGCCACUAAACCCACGAGAUGCAUUUUUCGGAGGAAGAACUAACGCUACAAAAUUAAUGGUUAAAAAUAAAAAAAUUAAAUACAUCGAUGUAUGCAGUUUAUACCCGACAGUAAUGUAUUAUGAUAAUUACUCCGUAGGCCAUCCUAAAAAGAUUUUUAAUCCAUCAAUUAAAAAAUAUUCGGAAUCAAAUUGGUAUGGUUUUAUCAAAUGCAAAUUAUUACCACCGACCAAUUUAUAUCAUCCGGUACUUCCGAUAAAAUCUAAAAAAUUAGUAUUUACACUUUGUAAUCAAUGUCAUCUUGAUAAAAUUAGACAGUGUACAUACAACGCUGAUCAGAAGUCACUUACAGGAACUUGGACCACAGACGAAGUGCAAAAAGCUAUAAAGCUAGAAACUAGCUCUUGGAAAAAUGACUAUCGAACAGUUAAUGAUUAUAUUUUAGCAGUAAAAAAUGCAGUGGGAAUCGAUUUGGAUGUAGAAAAUAUAAAAGAAAAUCCUGGAUUAAGAGCACUUGCUAAAAUAUGCCUAAAUUCGUUUUGGGGUAAGUUUGGACAAAGACCUAAUCAAACAAAAACCGAGAUCAUAUCAAAACCGGACAGAUGGUAUCAAGUAUUGUUGGACAGUAAACUAGAAAUUGAAAACAUAGUGUUUUUGACGGAUGAUUUAGUCGAAGUUUCUUAUAAACAAAUUAACGAAUACGUCGGAAACGAGCAUAAUACCAACAUUUACAUAGCAGCGUUCACAACAUCAAAUGCCAGAUUAAGAUUGUAUAACAUGUUGGACAAUCUCGGUGAGAAAGUAGUGUAUUACGACACAGAUAGCGUAUUUUAUAUUUUCGAUGAUGUCGAAGUAAAGACAGGGUGCAUGCUAGGUGAAUGGACUGAUGAAUUAGGUCCAGGUGUACAUAUAACAGACUGGGUGUCGACUAGUCCUAAAAGUAUAGCACACACAGAUAACGAAAACCGGACAACAACAAAAAUAAAAGGAUUUACUCUUAGUUAUGAAAAUAUUUAA